UCCUCCGGGGGGAGGGACGCAGGAUGCGCCUUCCGGGGCGGGGCCGAGGCCAAGAUGGCGGCGGUGGUGCGUCUCCAGAGCGACUGGGACCAGGUGUUGAGGAAGAAUGAGGAGGAGGUCUGGCUGAGCUGCAGGAGCCCAGGAAAAUCAACUCUGUAUGGGACCCUGACUUGUCAGGGGGUGGGUUCAGAUGGAGUUCCUGAAAUCACAGCCUCUGAAGGAUUUGUUGUCAGUGAAAUAACUAAGAAAAGCUUGCUUGUUUCUUGCCCUCGUGAAAAUGCCUCCACCAAAUUUCUGGCACCCUACACAACUUUUUGUAGAAUUCAUCAAAAAAGUAUUACUUGCCUUGACAUUUCAAGUGGUGGUGGGCUUGGAGUGUCAACCAGCACUGAUGGGACUAUGAAACUUUGGCAGGCUGCUAAUGGAGAAAUAAGAAGGCGUUUGGAAGGCCACGUGUAUGAUGUGAAUUGCUGCAGGUUUUUCCCAUCAGGCAUUGUGAUCCUGAGUGGUGGGAUGGAUGCCCAGCUGAAGAUCUGGUCUGCGGAGGACGCCAGCUGUGUUGUAACAUUUCAAGGUCACAAAGCAGGAAUCCUGGACACAGCUAUUGUAGACCGAGGCAGAAACGUGGUCUCCAGCUCUCGGGAUGGCACUGCCCGCCUCUGGGAUUGUGGGAGAUCUGCUUGUCUGGGGAUUGUGGCAGAUUGUGGCUCCCCUGUCAAUGGGAUCGCUGUGGAGAAUGCUGACAACAGUGUAAAUUUGGGCUCGCCUGAAAAAAUACCCAGUGACCGGGAGGUUGGAACAGAAGGGAAGCUCUUGUUGCUGGCACGGGAGGACAGAAAGUUGCAGGGAGUGGGGCUUCAGAGCAGGCAGCCGGUUUUUCUCUUCAUUGGCUCUGAUGCCUUUAACUGCUGUACAUUCCUCUCCAGCAUCUACCUCCUGGCAGGGACACAAGACGGAAAUGUGUACCAGCUGGAUGUGAGAAAUACCAAGGCUCCAGUUCGAAUGAUUCAUAGAUCAGGAGCACCAGUACUUUCUCUGAUACCUUACAAAGAUGGAUUUCUUGCCAGCCAAGGUGAUGGAACCUGUUUUAUUAUGCAACAAGAUCUUGAUCACGUCGUCGAACUCACGGGACCAGACUGUGACCCUGUAUACAAGGUGGCUGUGUGGGAGAAGCAGGUUUACACGUGUUGCCGAGAUGGGAUAGUGAGGAGAUACCAGCUUUCAGACCUCUGACCAAAUUGGAGUUGUGGACUAGGCAUACUGGACACAUUUCAGGGAUUACUUAAAAACACCAUUUUGAAGCAAGCCAUACCAGUGCCAAGUUCCCAGAGCUUUGAGGAGUAGCAUGAAUACGUGCGUGUGAGACCCGGGGACCUCGUUAUGGCAAAAUCCAAGGUCUAGCUGUAGUUAAACUACCUGCCAAGGAAUAUAAACGAAACAGCUUUGAAAGUUUACACCAUUUCCCUUCACUGAGCAUCACAGAAAGCAUGCUGGCAUUCAGUCCUUUUUGCAAAACUGUAUUUGGUGCCCUUCAGUGGUUGUUGCUUGCCUGAACUGGUGCGUGUGACGGAAAUCAAGGGCAGCAGACUCAAUAAAGGGAUGUGUUUUUAGUAAA